AUGCGCUGCGCGUCUGCAUGCAAAGCGAAGCAGGUCGUCUUCUUGGAGUAUUCCCUCAGCCCCGAGCAUCAGUACCCUUGCCAACUGAUCCAAGCGGUGGCCGGUCUCCGGUUUCUCAUUGAUGAAGAGUGCAUCCAAGCGAAAGACAUCAUCCUCGGCGGCGAUAGCGCCGGCGGACAUUUAACCGCGAGUCUGUUGACUCACAUUAGCUGUCCCUCCCCAUACACCGCGCCAAUUGACCUUGGCGGGAGUCAAUUCAACGCUGUCUUUUUCGUCUCGCCGUGGGUGACAUUGCCCACAGGGGCGCGGACGGGCGUUUUCCCGCACGGGGAGCACGAUUAUCUAACCCCCAAACAGGUCGUUGAAUUCACCAAGAUGUUCAAUCCUGCGUUGAACGAAGUAUGGGGCCACCCAUGCGAGUCCGAGGAUGCGGGAGCCGUGUGGAAACGGCUCUUUCCUGGUGGAAACCAGCAUGCAAUCUGUCGCAAAGCGAUUGUAGCCGUCGGGACAUCGGAAAUUCUGUUGAAUUCUUGUGUGGAUUUUGGACGAACCUUUGUGGGGUGCGAGGGGAUUCGCGUCGAUAGCGAAGCAGAUCUGGACCUGAUCAAGGAACAGGAUUUUGUUCUUGCUAUAGCCCCUGGCGAGACACAUGUUCAACCUGCGUUAGACUCCGCUUUAAAGUACUACGAUGGAUGUAUGAUGAAGGCCAUUCUGGCUUUCCUAGAGAAUUGUUAG